UAUAUUUUUUAUUUUUCUGUUACUCCCCGAUCAUGACAAGAAGCACAAUGAUGGUGUGACCGGUCGGUAGGGGAUGCUCCCUCCUUCAUGACACCUGAUCCCACCUCUGAUUUUUUGCAAUUCCGUGUUUGCUCUGAUUAUUUUGUAUUGUUUUGUGGAUUUUUGAUCUUGAAUACUGUUCUUAAUUUACAUAUGUUUCAUCAAGGACCCCUGAAAACAUUAGAGAUGGGGUCAAGUGCCUUGGAAGAGUAAAAAAAAACCCUGUCGACGUGCAGGAUUAUGAUCGGAUAAAUGGACUAAUCUGUAGACAAUUUAGGAGGAAACUAUAUCUCUUCAAUAUGUACUUAUACGCCUGUCAGCAUUCUGUGUAAUGGAGAGUGACUGCCAACAAUGCUACUUUAGAAGCCAUAGAAUUUCAGAUAUAUUGACUUCAAAUAACAUUCUUGAUAUGCUUUUAAAAGUAAUUUAUUUUUUAUGGAAUGAUUAUGAUGUAGCAUUUUCUCUGUUGUGUUUAGGUAUUUCUCUUCUAAAAAGACAUAGAUGAUGGAUUCUGAUGAAUAUAAGUUUCGGCCUGAUAGGAAGUUUCAGGGAUUAGCAGUGGUGAUUGUAAACUUUACAGAAGAGAGAAGCGGCUCUAAGGAGGACAUCACCUACAUGAAAAGAACGUUUGAAAUACUGGGAUUUAAAGUGAAAUUCUACGAAAAUCUAAGUAAACGAAAGUUUAUCGAGGUUAUAAACUAUUAUUCCAAAGAUGGUACACUGAGAGACUAUGAUAGUUUUGUGUUUGUCAUAAGUACACAUGGAGCGGGGCUAGAGAAGGUGGAAAAGGCUGAGACAGACUACGUCGUCCAUCAUCACGCCCUGCUAACGAAUGAUGACCAGUACUAUUACACCGCCACAAUGCUGGACAAGUUUAGAAAGUGUAAAGCACUUAAAGGAAAACCUAAACUUUUCUUUAUUCAAGCUUGUAGAAUUCCUGAAAGUAAGUCGUCUAAACAGCAACGAGUCCAGGGGAUUGGAUUUGAUGCAGGUACAGGUCUCCAAAGACUUGAUCUAGAGGACCAAAACAAAAAUAAAAGUAAACGUGACGAGACUGACGAUAAAGAGGAGUCGGUUAUUCUGAGAGAGGAAGGCAAUGGUUUAGAUUCUGAUCCAUAUAGUCUAUCAGAGGUGGAUAAUGGCGCUACUGAAACUGCAGUGGCAUCUUUCCCUGAUAAUAGCGAGAAUGAGGAUAACUGGAGUAUUUCUGAAGGAGCCUUGUUGGAUCCCUCAACAGACAUUGGAGAAUUAGGUGACGAGGUAGACCCUCCUCGUGCUAUUCGAUAUCGACCUGUAGAGUCUCCUCUCCAUAUCACGGCUGUUCCAUGUUACAAUGAUAUGCUGAUCGUAUUUGCUUCUCCUCAAGGACACUAUGCUCUUAGGAAUCAAGAAAUGGGCAGCUACAUGUUGAAAUAUUUACACGAUUCCGUAAUUAAGCAAUACGGCGAAGGCCAACUUUUAAACAAUAGAAACAACUUCCUGUAUAUUGUAAACGACGUCGCAGCGAAGAUGUCAUCCACUGAUUUCUAUGACGGGACAUACAAAAAUGUCACAUGUGUUGUUCAUAAACUCUCAAAAGAUAUAAUCUUUUCAAAAGGAGAAAAUAUGUGACAUUGUAAGCUAUAAUAGUUACUUUGAAGAUAAAGAUUCUGAGGUAUAUAUAGAUAAUUGCAAGAAAGUUUAAUAAUAUAUUGAAUGCUACAAUACUACUUAUUAUACCUCUACUGAUUUUUCAUUAUAUAAAAGUGUAUCGAUACAUUUUGCUGAUUUCCUGAAAAUCAUCGUGAAUAACCGAUUCCCUGCAAAACAGACUGAUUCCCUGCAAAAAAAAAGUUCGUUUUUUUAUGAACUGAUACACACCUAUUCGGAACACUUAGCAUUUUCUUUAAACUUACGACAAACUUAGAAAUGUUCCGAAUAAACUUAUGAAUAUUCAUUAAUGAAUCGAAAUGCAUCGCGAGUCAACUCGUCCCAUAUCAAUAAAAAAAAAAAACAGUUUACUGGUAGCAAACGACAACAGAUAUGGCGAGUAUUGAAUAUAACUUUUUAAAAUGUCUUGUUUGUAUCGGUAUAAUAAAACAGUUAAAGUAUAUCAUUGAGGGAGUCAGCAAGAUUCCAGUUCCCCUCGAGCAAGCCUAUUUUCCUCCGCGCAAGCGCCUCGGGAAAUAGACUUGUUCUUGGGGAACUGGAAUCUUGCUGUCUCCCUCAAUGAUAUACUUUAACUGUAUAUUCAUAUACAAUAGAUAUAUUUCCAGAUCUUACCUCAAAAUCUUAACAUUUUAAGUAAGCAAUCAAUAUUGACGACAAAAAAUUGUUUGACAUCAAGAUGUAUUUUGUUGCAACUGUAAGAAAACAAAUGUUUUAUUGAUUUUUGAUCUAGUGUCUUCAGUGAUUGUAAAUCUAGUCCUCAAAAUCAUCUUUAGGCAUAUACAAUGUUAUGAUUAAUUAAUUCUGUUAAACGUGAAAACGCUUAUUUCAUACUAUUUCGACUAUACAAUUGCUGAGUUAAAUGUUUGACUUACCAAUAUUCAUUGUCUGGGAAUUCUCAGUCUCUGAUCUCUGGGAUCAGGUGUCAUGCAGGAGUGAGAAUCCCCAGCUGACCAGACACAUCUGCCAUGUGCUCCAUGUCAUGAUCGGCACAACGGUGAAAACAGAAAAUGUUUAAACAUUAUGAAAAAUGGCAGUCAGCAUUUGACACAAUGAUAGAUGCCUUUAAGGUCAUUGUAUCGAUCAAACACUUCGCAAUUUAUUUUAAUUAGAAGGUCAUUGUAUCGGUCAAACAUUUGCAUAAUGAUUAUAUAUCAAUCAAGACUGUCGAUUUCCUUUUUUCUGCAACUUGUUUUACAAUAGCUUGCAUUAUUAGGAAAUCAGCCUGUACAAGAUUUUUUUAAAAUAAAUUUUGCUUAAUAUGAAAACAAAAAAUAAAUCUGCAAACAGUAUGGCGCAACUUUCCAUCCAUGGGGAUGAAAAGCAAAGUAGAAUUUUUUUCUCCAUUAACUAAAAUAAUUUAUUAACAAACUAUAAA